AUGUUCAGACUCAUCUCGUCCUCACAAGGUCUCAGACCUGCAAUCCUCAAGGUCAGAGCGAACAAACCAAUUGCGUUAAACACACCAUCCCCCAUAACUCCUCCUACAUCGCAGUUUUACCCAGCCUCGUUCAGCAGAUCCAACUCGUCCAACUCCACCAAUAAUGCUCACUUGACCAAGCCUUCCAGCCAGGCCAAAAUCGACUCGUUCAUAAAAAAUGCCAGAAAAGACCCAUUAUUGAAAGAGGUGGUCCAGGAUGGUGACAACACCAAGAUUAUUCACUUCAGAGAAUUGGUGACGUUAGCCACCCAGCAGGGAAGAGACAAGAGUCCCCAAUCGCAAAAAGGGUUCUACGCCACCGUGUUGAAUCUUUUCGAAUUAUUUGACGACGAAUUCAUGAGAAAGAAGUUGGGCAAGAAUGAUUUGAGCAACUACAGCAGAUUAUUGAACAUGUCUGUGUAUCACAACAGAACCUCCAGAUUGUCCAAUGACAGGAACCGUGACAAGGACCAGAGAUUCAACUCCAACUACGUGGAUGAAAUGGCCAUGAAGAGUGCGGUCUUACACCUCAGUGAAUUGAUUGUCGGUGGAGAAAUCAAGGAAGCUCUCACAACCCAUGCUUUGCAGAUGUUGUUUUAUGCCAUGGCCCAGUACCAGUUCUAUCCAGAAAUGAUUAAUUUGUGGGAAAACGGUGUGAAUGACGACGUUGUUGGUGGAUUGUACUUGAACCAGGACAUCUUGUCUGUGAUUCUUCCAGUGGCCUACAACAACGGCAGAUUCAGCUACGAAGAAGUGUUACAGGUUUUUGAAUUGAACACCAACCCUGAUAAGCCAGUGCACCACACUCUUCUUACUUCCAUAGGUAAGAUCUCCAUCAGUGCCGAGGACUACUCUCGUGGUUUGGAUGCUUUGGAAGACUUGCUCAAGGCGUACGAAUCGUCCAGAUAUGACCAGCAGAAGGUGUUGAAGUCGUUGAGUGACUUGCACUUGAGUUUUAUUGGUCAAUGUAAGGACAUCAAGAUCUCGAAGCACUUCUUCGACAAAGUCAUCCAGUUCGAAUUGCCUUACGACAUCAGAUUGAAGGUUCCACACGUUGUUUCGUUGUUGGAGAACUGUUUCAACGCCCAGGAACCCAUCGAAAACAUCAUGUACUUCUGGAUCUCCACCAUCAAGCACUACAGCACCGAGAAGCAGAGCUACUCGUUGAACUCGAGAUAUUCCAACUUGAACAACUCGUUUUUCCAGAUUUUCUUUAAAUUGUACCCAGAGUUGACCAACGAGUCGUUAGCCAAAUUGAGAGAAAUUAUUGCCGUGUAUUCCGAAUCCAAGCCAGUGGACGAGACCUUCUUGAACACCAUCAUCAACAACUACAACUGGGCCGACAAGGCUGUCUUCGAGCAAUUGAUCGACAACUACGGAGUGUAUUCCGUGACCAGAUCGCCCAUCUCGUACCGUAUUGGGUUGAAAAAGGUUGGUCAGUUGAAGGACUACACCACCCAGGAGAUUUUGGACAAGUGGAACCAGUCGUUGGCCUUGCUUGAUAGCCAGAACUACACCUACAUUCCUGUGGCCGACUGGGCUGCCUUGCGUGAUGCCACCAUCUUGUCUGAAUACUCCCACGAAAGAAAGAACUUGUAUUUGCAGAUUCUCAGCUUGUACAAGAACUACAUGCAAGACAGAAAGUCUGCUCUCCGUUUCCUUGGCAACUGGACCCACAAGCCAGAACACUACAAGGAUAUUGCUCGGAUUACUCUCGAGGAUAGUCCUGAAUUUGCCAGCGACGUGGACGUGGUGGUGCCGAGAUUUGUGCGGUUGAAGGAGAACGUGAACUACCGGGAAAUCACCCAGGAGAUCACCCAUAACCGCAAGUGA